GUAGGGGUUAAACAUCAAACCCCGCCUAGUCUGACAUGAUGAACAACUAGACCUCUCGUGGGAUUUUCUUCUUCCCCCUCGCUCCGUGGCUCGUCUUCCUCCUCGCGCGAGCGACGCCACCCCUCCCUCCCCGUCCCGGUGCCGAGCGCCCCAGGCCCCUAGCUCGUCUUCCUCCUCGCGCGAGCGCCUCCACCGAGGUUGAUCUCCCUUUCCAUUGUCUCUCCCCCGACCGUUUCUCCUUCCAUUGCCCCACGAACGGAUUCCGCCCUCUAGCUCCCCGUUUCAUCUUCCCCAAUUCAUAACUGAGGCAAAAUUCAAGGAUUUCAAGGAGGAUAUAGAAGCUGUGGCACAAUUUCACGUGGAAGCAUGUUGUCAAAGAAAAUAGAGUUGGACCACAAGGACAUGAUCCAUGAUUCUGCCAUCGACUACUACGGAAAGCGCCUUGCCACUGCCUCCUCAGACUACACAGUGAAGGUCGUGAGUAUUGGGGGUGCAUCAGCCCCAUCCAAGCUCCUCGCAACGCUAAGUGGCCACUAUGGCCCCGUGUGGCGUGUUGCAUGGGCCCAUCCUAAGUAUGGAGCCAUCCUCGCAUCAUGCAGCUAUGAUGGACGUGUAAUUAUCUGGAAGGAGGGUACUGGGGGUCAUUGGUCUCAAGCACAUGUAUUUGCAGACCACAAGUCCUCUGUCAAUUCCAUUGCUUGGGCACCAUACGAGGUAGGACUUUGCCUUGCCUGUGCUUGUUCCGAUGGUAACAUAUAUAUCAUGACUAUACGAGCUGAUGGGGGAUGGGACACUGCAACCAUUGAGCGUGCACACCCUGUUGGUGCAACAGCGAUCUCAUGGGCUCCAGCAACAGCACUUGGUUUACUGGCUAGUUCAGGGGAGGUUGUUUGUAAGCUUGUCUCUGGUGGUUUUGACUCUGUCGUCAAAGUUUGGGAAUUUACCAAUGGUAGCUGGAAUCUGGACAGCGCUCUUCCUUCAGACAUGCACACAGAUUGUGUGAGGGAUGUUGCAUGGCCACCAGUUUUAGGCUUGGCUAAGUCGACCAUUGCCAGUGCUUGCCAAGACGGGAAGGUUGUCAUUUGGACCAGAGUCAAAGACGGUGAUAAGUGGCAGGGAAUGGUCAUGCACGACUUUAAAACCCCUGUGUGGAGGGUCUCCUGGUCCUUGACUGGAAACAUAUUGUCUGUAGCUGCCGGUGAGAGCAACAUAACACUCUGGAAGGAAGCAUCAGGCGGGCAAUGGGAAGAGGUGCUGAAGGUUGAGCCGUAGGAAUUUUGUGACAGUUUCAUGUUUUUGUGCAUAUGCAUGAAUCAGAAAGUGUUUGUGCUAGCGUUUGCACCAGUGCUCAAUAAACAUUCGUUACCGAUUUUAAUACUCCACAUCAGCAAUUCCGCUUUGGACGGGGUGUGAUUUUAGAAUUCUACACUUUGUGACUGGUACAAGUAUUUGGUUCUGCAUGUGUUUAACUUGUUUCUUGGUCAUGGUUAAACACAACGGCUGUUACAACUUA